UGUCUAUCUGCCUGCCUCUCUUUUUUCAAGUAAAUUCCCCCUUCUUUUCUCUCUCCCCCAUACACAUGAAAGAAACAGAUUGAUUUUGACGAACCAUAAAUUUGAAUUCGAUAUUCUUGGGGUUUGAACAUAUAUUUCAUCUUGAUUUUCUUUUUCUUUCUCAAUCAAUAACGUCUUACCAAUAAUUAACAUUCAGACGUUUUUUCCGGUAUUUCUAGUUUUUCUUGAAUUUAAUUCCGCCAUAUUUCCGUUUCUUCCAUUCCAUUUCACAAUUUAUCUUUUACGCUUUUACCUUGGGGAUCAGGAUAUUUUGAUACUCCAGAAUUAUAACAUUCUGAUUAUCAUCCAAAGUUUCGGAGUCGUUUUUCGAUUAUUCUCUGUAUUAUCAAUAUCCUUCAAUAUUUCUUGCAAUGCAAUGGACCAUAUUCUCUGUUCUCACAUUUAAUGAAAUUUCAUUCUUGGUGAUGAUAGUUUAAUUGCUUAUCCUUUGCUGAACUAAAGAAAGGUUAAUCUUGUGCCCUAUUCGUGAAAUAUGAAGCUCUUAGUACGCGUAAUCGAAGCAAGAAAUAUACCAGCAAUGAACCCUAAUGGAUUCAGUGAUCCAUAUGUGAAAUUACAACUGGGUAGACAGAGAUUCAGAACCAAAGUCGUAAAGAAGUGCCUGAACCCAUCAUGGUGCGAAGAAUUUACUUUUAAAGUCGAUGAUUUGAAAGCAAAGCUUAUCAUUGCCGUUCUUGAUGAAGACAAGUACUUUAAUGGUGAUUUCAUUGGCCAGGUUAAAGUGCCCGUCUCUCAUGUUUUCGAAGCUAUGGAUAAGUCUCUUGCCACUUCUUGGUACACAUUGCAGCCUAGGAAGAAGGCUAAGAACAAGGAUUGUGGUGAGAUUCUUGUCACUAUUUGGUUCUCGCAAAAUAGUUCUGUGUUGGACUUGCCAUCUCUUUGUGAUCCUGCACCCUUGCCAAGGAAGGUUGCUGAUAUGGGGAUGGAUUCAACUUUAAAGUCAUCCCCUUUGAGAUCAUUUUCUCCAAUGAGAGUGGAAGAAGGUGUCUCUUCUAAGGAGGAAAAGCCUUCUGCACCAACAUUUGCUGAUCGAAUUGCCCAAAUUUUCAACAAGAACGUAGAUACAACACCCGCAAGCUCUGUUGAAGUACCUGACAUAUCAGAGUUUUCAGAAAGUGAAAAUCCGGCAGUUUCAGAGAACAAGUCUGAAGAGCAGUUCUCAACUAUUGAUUUUGAAGAAAUAAUGAAAAGCAUGGAGACGAAAGAACUAGGACAUGAAGUUCCGAGUAAUUUGCCAGGAGGUGUAGUUUUAGACCAAUUGUAUUCAAUUGCACCAGGCGAAUUGAACUCUUUACUCUUUUCGCCAGACUCAAGCUUUAUGAGGUCUGUAGCCGAUGUGCAGGGAUCUACAGAAUUGAAUUUAGGACCUUGGGACUUUGAAAAUGGUAGUGAUAGCCUAAAGAGAGUAAUUACUUAUAUCAAGGCUCCAAGUAAACUGAUAAAAGCUUUGAAAGCUACCGAGGAGCAAACAUAUAUGAUUGCUGAUGGGAAGGCUUUUGCAGUGUUAGCAAGUGUGAGCACUCCAGAUGCUCCAUAUGGGAAAACUUUUAAAGCAGAAGUGCUUUAUUGCAUUACUCAAGGACCGGAGCUUCCAUCGGGAGAACAGUCUUCUCGAUUAGUAGUUUCUUGGCGAAUGAACUUUUUGCAAAGCACUAUGAUGAAAGGUAUGAUUGAAGGAGGAGCACGACAAGGUAUAAAGGAAAGCUUUGAGCAGUAUCAAAAGUUGUUAUCUCAGAAUGUAAAGCUAGCUGACGUUAAAGAAAUGGGUUCAGAGAAGGAUCAAGUUUUGGCAUCUCUUCAGGUCGAGCAUCAGUCAGAUUGGAAAUUGGUUGUUCAGUAUUUCACUAAUUUUACAGUAAUUUCGUCUAUUUUCAUGGGUUUGUAUGUGCUUGUGCAUAUAUGGCUGGCCAUGCCUAGCACAAUACAGGGUCUUGAGUUUGUUGGAUUAGACUUGCCUGAUUCCAUUGGUGAAUUGAUCGUGUGUGGAGUACUGGUUCUUCAAGGUAAACGGGUUCUAGAGUUGAUAUCACGCUUCAUGCAGGCCAGAAUACGAAGAGGCAGUGAUCAUGGAAUUAAAGCUCAAGGGGAAGGUUGGUUACUCACUGUUGCCUUAAUUGAAGGAAGCAAUUUGGCAGCCGUUGACUCACAUGGGUUCUCUGAUCCUUAUGUGGUGUUUACUUGCAAUGGGAAAACAAGAACCAGCUCUAUUAAAUUCCAGAAAUCUGAUCCUCUUUGGAAUGAAAUUUUUGAAUUUGAUGCAAUGGAUGAGCCUCCAUCUGUAUUGGAUGUGGAAGUUUUUGAUUUUGACGGACCUUUUGAUGAUGCUACAUCUCUUGGACGCGCUGAAAUUAAUUUCUUGAAAACUAACAUAUCGGAAUUGUCCGAUGUUUGGAUUCCUAUACAAGGAAAGUUGGCUCAGGCAUGCCAGUCAAAGUUACAUUUAAGAGUUUUUUUGAACAAUAGCAGGGGUAGCAAUGUUGUCAUAGAUUAUUUAACUAAGAUGGAGAAGGAGGUGGGGAAAAAGAUAAAAUUGCGCUCUCCUCAAACGAAUUUUGCAUUCCAAAAGCUCUUUGCACUUCCACCUGAGGAAUUUCUUAUCAAUGACUUUGCUUGUCACCUGAAACGCAGAAUGCCUCUCCAGGGCCGUCUCUUUCUGUCAGCAAGAAUAAUUGGGUUUCAUGCAGAUCUAUUUGGUCAUAAGACGAAGUUUUUCUUCCUUUGGGAAGACAUAGAAGACAUCCAAGUCAUUCCUCCUACCUUGUCAUCAAUGGGCAGUCCAAUCAUCAUUAUGACUCUUUGGCCUGGUAGAGGUUUUGAUGCACGGCAUGGAGCAAGAACACAGGAUGCGGAAGGCCGGCUGAAGUUUCAUUUUCACUCUUUUGUGUCUUUCAACAUGGCACAGAGGUAAUUUCAGAUUAAUUACAUUUCUGAGUGUUAACAGGUUUUUUAACGAUUAUUUCAUUUGCAGUCCUGUCUGUAUAAUUCAAUGGUCACAUUACGAUAUUGUUCCUCUUCUUGUCAUCAUGUCUAGUCCUGCAUCUUAUCCUAGAAAUAUUCUAGUUGAGUCUUCAAACCAUUUGUUCAAAACUACAGGCAUUUCUAACGUUUGAACCUGUCCAGCAUGAUCUCAAAGUCCAGUAAUGUUGUACUAAUUGGUUCUUUAUAUAAGUAGGUAAUUGUCUCCAUGGAUAACAUUACAGAUUUACCUUUUAUCAAAAAAAUUAGGACCCUCCCUUUAUCCAUCCUGUUUUCUCUGGAUUGAUUUUCACCUUGAUUUCUUACCUUUUAUGUACAAAAAGAUGUGCAAAUUUACCAGCUUUGAUAUUUUGGAUCCAAUCGGGUAACCUCUAUUGAAGUCACAAGGACACAAUUGGGUUACCCUUCAUGAUUCUAAGGGUGUCUAUAAGAUGCUGAAAACAGUUAUUUAAUUCGUGUGGACACGUGCUCAUAAUAGCAAAUUCAGGAUUGAAAUAACCCUUGAAAAUUUAGUAAAUUUCUUGAAAUAGAUAAAGAAAGAAUUAUCAGUUUUCAGGGUGUUAAUUUUGCAAUUUGAUUGUUUUAACAUUGUGUGUGUGGAUGCUUUAUCACCAUCUAGAUUACUUCUUGAGAGUGUUCGUACACGGAGUGCAUUGGAGUCAUGUCCUUUACUUUAAAAGCUUACUGAGUCCUGGAAGUUUGAAAGCUCCAGGUAGAAAGAAAAGCUGUUUGAUGUUAGUCUGCUGGAAGAUCGAAAUAGGAGAGCUUUCAAUGGUCUUAAAAUCCUGUAUGCACGAUCAAGAGCAGACUUCUUUCUAUAUUGCUUUUUCUUUGGUCGACCACCAAUCUCCAUGCAGUUUAUUUGGUGAUUUUUUUUUAAUUAUAUUAGAUAAGUUUUUGUUUACUACCUCUCUCCCAUCCACACCCCCCAACCCUAAUUGGACUC